UUUAAGUGUUUGUACUUUAUAAAACAAUUCAAUGCAUUAUUAGCAAGGGAAGAGUUAAAUAGACGUAAUAUUUUUUUAGGUAUAUUUAGUUCAAAACUAAGGAGGUAUAUUUUCAUUAAAUAACAAAAAUAUAUAUUAAGCAACAGCAAGACGAAGUGAAAUUCCUUUUCCUUAAAUAAAAAAAUAAGAACAUACAAAGGUGAAUUAAUAUAUGGUGACUGCAAAUGAAUUAACGAAGCAUAUGGUGACUGUAAUUCAAGCAUUUUUGAAUUCAUUGUUAAAGAAAGAGUCAGAACAGGUCCGUGUUAUUGGAAUUUGGGGCAUGGGCGGUAUUGGCAAGACAACUAUUGCAGAAGAAAUAUUUAGCCAAAAUCGUUCCGAUUAUGAUGGUUGUUGUUUCUUGGAAAAGGUCAGUGAAAGGUUAAAAGCACAUGGUGGAGUUGGAUGUUUAAAGGAAAGCCUUUUAUCUGAACUAUUGAAAGAGUCUGUGAAAGAAUUGUCCGGUGAUAUAAAGAGACGGAUUAGCCGCAUGAAGGUUCUUAUCGUUCUUGAUGAUGUCAAGGAGACAGAUCAGCUCGAGAUGUUAUUUGGAACUCUUGAUUGGUUUCAAUCUGAUAGUAGAAUAAUUCUAACAUCCAGAGAUAAGCAAGUACUAAGGACUAAUGAAGUUGAUCAUGAUGGUCUAUAUGAGGUUAGGGUAUUGGAUUCUAGUGAAGCACUUGAGCUUUUCAAUUUGAAUGCCUUUAAACAAAGUCAUCCUGAAAUGGAGUACUAUGAGCUAUCAAAGAGGGUGAUCGAAUAUGCCAAAGGAGUUCCAUUAGUUCUUAAAGUUUUGGCUCAUAUGCUUCGUGGAAAAAACAAAGAAGUAUGGGAAAGUCAGCUAGACAAACUUAAAAGACUGCCAGUUCAAAAAGUUCAUGAUGUAGUGAAACUCAGUUAUGAUGAUCUUGAUCGUUUAGAGAAAAAGUAUUUUUUAGAUAUUGCAUGUUUCUUCAAUGGGUUGAAUUUGAAAGUGGAUUACAUGAAACAUUUAUUGAAAGAUUGUGAUAGUGAUAAUUACGUGGCUGGUGGGUUAGAAAGCUUGAAAGAUAAAGCUCUUAUAACUAUUUCUGAAGAUAAUGUUAUAUCUAUGCAUGACAUUCUACAAGAAAUGGGUCGGGAGGUAGUUCGCCAAGAAUCUAGAGAACACCCUGAAAAACGCAGUCGAUUAUGGGAUGUUGAUGACAUUUGUGAUGUAUUGAAAAAUGACAAGGGUUCUGAUGCUAUCAGAAGCAUACGUGUAAACUUCUUAGAAAAUAGGAAGCUAAAGUUAAGCCCUCAUGUAUUUGAUAAGAUGACCAACCUCCAAUUUUUGGAUUUUUGGGGUUAUUUUGAUGACUAUUUGGAUCUUUUUCCUCAAGGGCUUGAAUCUUUUCCAACUGGUUUAAGAUAUCUUCAUUGGAUAGAUUACCCUCUAAAAUCAUUCUCAGAGAAGUUUUUUGCUGAGAAUCUUGUUAUAUUGGACUUGUAUCUUGGUCGAAUGGAAAAGCUAUGGUGUGGAGUACAGAAUCUAGUUAAUUUAAAGGAAGUUACAAUCAUUUGUGCAAGCUUCCUGAAGGAGUUACCAGACUUUUCAAAAGCCACAAAUCUUAAAGUAUUGAGUGUCACUGCUUGUGAUAAUUUGGAAAGCGUCCAUCCAUCUAUUUUUACUCUUGAGAAGCUUGUGCAUUUGGACCUAAGUUCUUGUGUUUCCCUUACAACAUUUACCAGCAAUUCCAAUUUAAGCUCCCUCCAUUAUCUCGACCUUUCAAAUUGCCUAAAACUAAGUGAGUUCUCAGUGACUUUAGAGAAUAUAGUAGAACUAGAUCUAUCGGGCUGUCCCAUCAAUGCACUGCCAUCAUCUUUUGGAUGUCAAAGCAAUCUAGAAACCCUGAAUUUAAGUGACACUGAAAUUGAGAGCAUACAUUCAAGCAUCAAGAAUCUUACAAGACUAAGAAAAUUAUACAUACGAUUUUCCAACAAGCUUCUGGUUCUACCCGAGCUUCCUUCAUCAGUUGAAAGUCUACUUGUUGACAACUGUGAAUCACUAAAGACUGUAUUGUUCCCUUCAACAGUUGCUGAACAAUUCAAGGAAAACAAGAAAAGGGUUGAGUUCUGGAAUUGCUUCAACUUGGAUGAACUUUCUCUGAUAAAUAUUGGGUUGAAUCUGCAAAUCAAUUUGAUGAAGUUUACACAUCAACAUUUAUCAACACUGGAACAUGAUGAAUAUGCUGAAAGUUAUGUUGAUUACAAAGAUAACUUUGAUUCUUAUCAAGCAGUGUAUGUGUAUCCUGGAAGUAGUGUUCCAAAGUGGUUGGAGUACAAGACAACAAUGGAUGGCAUGAUUGUUGAUCUCUCUCCACUUCAUCUCUCCCCUUUGUUGGGUUUUGUUUUUUGCUUUAUCCUUCCUGAGACCAAGGAAUAUUGUAAGAAAGUUGAAUGCAACAUCACUGCAAUUGAUGUUGAGGGUGAUGGUGAAAAGGAUGGUUUCAAUAUUUACACGGAUUUGAAACAUGUCUAUAAAACACCAUCAGAUCAUGUGUGUAUGAUUUACGACCAACCUUGUUCUCAGCACCUAACUAGAAUAGCAAAAAAUCAGACAAGCUUUAAAAUCAAGGUUACAGCAUGGACAAUACCCUGGUUUAAUGAAGAGGAUGAACCAAGACGAGAGGUAAAGUUAAAAGGGUUUGGCAUGAGCCCCAUAAACCAGUCAACAUAUCGCAAUCUAAUUCAACAAAUGGAAAUAAAAGAAGCAGAAAAAAAGGAAGAGGCGACAAAACAAAGUGUGACAAAAGUUGGGAGAUGAUGACAAAUGAUGUUGCCUUUAAAUGAUGUUGCCUUCCUUCAAAUGUUGGGAACAGUUUUUUGUUUUCUAGUUUACUGUGUUGAAAUAAUAAAAAAAUAUUGUGGUUAAGAUUGUAUCAUUGUAUGAA